AUGGAUACGGGGAUCGUUGAACUCUGCGGUUGGCUUCUAUCGAACCUUGGGCAGCUCGUCUACACCGUCUGGCAGGACUCUCUGAACAUCGUCGUACGGGCCUCUGCUGGCGGUGCCAUGGGUUUCUUCAUGUCUCGUUGGCAUACUUGGAUCCCGAGGCCGCGCCUGAGCAUCGUUACCGUCCUGAUGGCGUCGGUCAUCAUAUGGUCAUCCGUCACUCGCAGCGCCGUGAGCAUCUCACUCCGAGGUCGCCCACCCGCAUCCGUCCUUGUCCUCAGUCCUUUCGGACUACAUUCAGCAGUCUCACCUGCGCUCUCGCAGACGGAUGGUACCUACACCCGCAUCGACCAGAUACUCGAAGUAUUGGAACGACAUGAACGAGCCAUCCAUCUCUUCAACCUCGACAACGUCGCAAAACCUGACUUCGCCUUGUACUCGGCGGGCGCGAGGGUAUACCCAUCGGCCACCUCCGCAACCCGUCGCCCAACUUCACGAGAGCACCGUCCGGAGUUGUGGCCAUCCGGUGCUGCUAUGGCUCUGCACCAUGAGACUCAUGCCGGAUACUGCUGGCAGUUCAGCGGGAGACAAGGCCGUUUAGGCAUCGAGCUAUCUCAAAGGGUCUAUGUUGAGGAAGUCACCAUCGAGCACGCCCCGGCUGCUCUCUCGUCCGAUCAGACUUCAGCGCCUCGCCACAUGAGUCUGUGGGGUCUGGUGGAGGGGAUGGAGAACGUACAACGCGCCAUUGCCUGGCAGGAGCGUGGUCGGUUGCUGGGGUUGCGGAAGCAUUUUGCUCUGGAACUUGACGACUAUCCGGACGAUGUCCAACGACUGCUCAGAAGCGCACGCUGGGUCCCAAUUUCCACUUUCGAGUAUGACCCCGAAGCCACAUCUGCCAUCCAGACGUUUCGCGUGGACGACGACGUUGCCGAACUCGGCGUCGCUUUCGGGACCGUUAUGCUCCUCAUACACGAUAACUGGGGCCGGGACGACUUCACUUGCCUGUAUCGCAUCCGCGUACAUGGUCGACCCCUGGCCGGUAUGUGA